GAGCUCAGUGGUGCUGUGAGAGUCGCGGCGUAUGUGUCAGCCGUGAUAGUCGAGUCCGCGAUGAUCAUGUCACGUCUGGUCACCACGCUGCUGUUGUUGUCGCUGGCGUGGGUGCGUGCACAGGAUGGACACUGGACCACCCAACUCUUCAUCAUCAGGAACACCACGCUGAAGGACCUAGACAAGACCGAACUGAAGGGGCUCGUGAACCUGACAGAGAAGGACCUUAACAUCACCCUUGAGGUUGCCCACUGUUCCCCUUGGAUGUGUCACAACACCAACCUCAACCCUAAAUCUGUCAAGGUGUGUUACCGGCCCGUCCAUAACCUCCAAACGUGUGAUACAGGCGACUCGUGCCUAUGGUAUGGCUACACGACUCACUGCGACUGUGGCACAGUAACUGUUGCCGACAUCAAAUGGAGCACGCACGAAGAGUUUAAAUGCAAUGAAUGGGAGGUUGAGGACUCAGGGCCCCGAGAAAAUAAUUCUCGUAACAAGGAACCCGAAGUGGUCAGGAUUCACAUUGAUAAGCGAAAAGUGCGGGUUUCGAAUUUAACCAUUCGUGUGUGUCCCGUGAGUGACAUACACGAAUGCAGCUUGAAGCUGCACAAUGUGAAGAACACGACUAAUAGUAGUGAAGUGGGUGGCGUGAAAGUGACGUGGAACGAUCAGACCUGCGACUAUAAAGAAAAAGAUGGAGACUGUCCUAAAGAUAGGAAUGUGUUCCUUCGUGAGUUGGGCUUCAAUGUGACCUCCUGUAACGGUACGCUGCACAGUACUACCCUGCCCCACCUAGAAAAAAUACUACAGGAGGUUUUGAAUUACUGCUCCCACUCCACCACCACCACCACCACCCCUACCACCACCCCCACCACCACCACCACAACCGACACCAGCCCCACCAUCGACUCAGCAUUACAGGACGUCGAAACACUGGGCAAAGUUCUGUCCGGGAUGCAGGAAUACACUUUGAAGAACGCCGCACCACAUCCGUACUUUGAGGUGCUGCGGUUGGCGUGGUGGUGGUGGUGGUGGUGGUGGUGUUGGCGGUGGCUUUGGUGCUGAAGAAACAAAAAGAAAAUCGGAGCAAGAAGGAGGAGGCCCCAUUAUGAUGGAGGAGUGCCAGGGACCAUGAUACAGCCACCUUUCUUUCUAAUAAUAAGGUGAUAAGUGGAUGAGGGAUUAGGGCUGGCCCUCCCCUCCCUCUCCUCCCCCCUUCCCUCCCCCUACCCCCCACGCUUCCCUUCGCCACGUGGUGCGCCUCGAAGUGGUGGUGAUGGUGGUGAUGGUGAUGACGGUGAAAUGAUGGAGUUGAGGAAGAUUUGUAAAUGGAGAAAAGGAGGAAAAUAAGAGAGAGAGAGAGAGAGAGAGAGAGAGAGAGAGAGAGAGAGAGAGAGAGAGAGAGAGAGAGAGAGAGAGAGAGAGAGAGAGAGAGAGAGAUUUACAUAGAUUUACAUAGAAAAUCAGACCACACAGACCCCAUGGUCCAGACUUGGUGGUCUGUCCUUAAACCUAAGUGAUUUUACAUUAAUCAGAAGACUCCAAAACGUUGCAUUUCUACUCUAGUUGAUAUUAAGUUGAAGGAAGUGACGGUCGAGCUUAUUUUUGAAGGAGUCAAUCGUGUUACACUGGACCACUGACAGUGGAAGCUUAUUCCAUUCUCGCACUACAACGUUGGUGAAGAAAAAUUUGGUGCAGUCUGAAUUUACUUGUCUACAUCUGAGUUUUACGCCAUUGUUCCUCGUGCGCAAAGUGUCAUCGAUCAUAAACAAUGUUGAUCUGUCUACAUUCGUGAAACCAUUAAGUAUUUUAAAACAUUCGAGAGAGAGAGAGAGAGAGAGAGAGAGAGAGAGAGAGAGAGAGAGAGAGAGAGAGAGAGAGAGAGAGAAAG